AUGACCAAAACCAAAUUAGAAAAAACUCUCUGCUCGGACUACCAUCAGCUGCUGAUAUCAAAGCCUAACCCAGUAGAUGAUACAAAGUCGUUUGAAGUUCCUCUUUCUUGGAAAUCAUGUGGUAUCAACACGGAAGCAAAGAAACAGUUCAUGUGUUUGGGAGUUUCUUUGCAAGAACAACCUAUACCCUUUCCUUCACUUCCGAAUUUCUCUGAAUUUAGGGAGCUGUUGCAAGAGUAUAAGACAAGCAACUAUUCGUCCAAUGAAGCAGCUCAAAAGAUAUUUGAAAAAUGUGGAUGUUCUUCCCUUCUAUCAAAUGAUCAUCACUCUGCAGCACUCCCAUAUAUGCUUCGUUGGCGCCUUAUCAAUGUUUUAGAUCCUUGCGUUGCUUGUUCUCACUCAAGAGAUAAUGCAAGUGAACUGGAGCUGAGUAGAACCGUUUUCAGCCCAUUACUUGAUUUAGCUGCUCUAUUUCGUCAUUGCCAAACAGAUGGAAAUGUGCAAACCAACAAAUUAAUGAAUAUUUCUGAAGAACAAUUCACCGAUGAUAUGAGGGAAAUGGUUGAGAAGCUAAAACCUGAUAGAUUUGUACAAUUCCAAUUGAAUGAACGCUCAGAAAACAGAAUAAAUAUGAUAAGAGUGAUAGAAGAGGAUAAAACGAAAAGGACAGAAAACGGACAUGAUGAUUUCAUAAAGUUAGUAACAGAAUUACGAAUGAUACACAGCUACAAUUUGAGGGCUUGUUUUGUAGACGAAAAACAGGACUUUCAUGAAAAAUUAGCAACCUAUGGAAUACUCACAACCAAAGAGACCGUUGAAAUUAUUGCAAUCACUGCAAAGCUUGUCAAAAAUGGAAACGAAAUUAACAUACGUUAUUAUCUUCACCGCAUAGGUUUAUUUGAAGGCACUACAUCGUUGAAUAGCAAUUACAAUUCAAGAUUAGACUUGUGUGCAUGGAUAUUAACAAUGCUUAAAAACUGUACAAAUGAGCAUGAGGAGAUUGCUAAAUAUCUACAAACGCGAAAAGGCAAGAAAUCCGGAAUAUUAUUAUCAGCUCGUAAAUCUAAUGAAGUAAUUGAAAUUUUGCCUGGAGAUACACUAUGCUUUGCUGAUGGACAAAUGAUUCAUCAAGUUAAGGGAGUGGUUAGUUCUGUCAUUAUUUCAGAAAAGGAGAAGCAUGUUGUUUUGGUUAAGGGACCCUCAGACCAUCAUUGGUUAUAUCUCAAAAUUCACCAUAUCCCCAUCAAAAUUGAAAGACCUCAUUUUUCUCUAUAUCUCAAUGAUUCAGCAACUUGUAUCUUUUAUCAUGACGACAAACAAUAUGGAAGGUUUGAUAAUAUCGAAUUGUCAUUGCCUGGCAACUGUCUUUCGACAAUUUCUCUUUCUAGAGACGAUAAGAAAAGAGUGAUGAUGGAUAUUCUUUGUGAAUUGGAGUGCAUCCACUCUCAGAAAAUAAUUCAUAAUGACAUCAAGCUGGAAAACAUUGUUCUUUAUGAAACAGAAGAGCACGUUCAAUAUGCAAAACUUAUUGAUUUUGAGUGCUCUAAGCGAUUUAUAACAUACAACAUGAAUCAAGAAGUCUGCUAUUCGUUAGGUAAAUCAGUUUUGUAUUCUGGAUCGGGAACACCAGGCUACUUUCCUCCAGAAAAGCUAGCUGUAAGGAGUAUGGAGAAUGAAGAUGAAAUAGAUAUUGCUCAUUCUUUGACACCAAAAUCAGACAUUUAUUCGUUGGGCAUUGUCUUCUUGGAAAUUAUUGGAGACAUGAAAGUGAGAACGGAUGAUGACAUUAAAAAAGCAAUGACCGCGGUAGGAAAGAGUGAAAUGAAAGGAAUGUUGAAAAUUUUGAAACUAAUGACCGAUCCAGAGAAGCUGAAACGUCCCAAUGCAACCUUAAUCAUUGAAGCACUUCGGAAACUAUGGGGGAAAGAGGGAGAGAAACUAGAAGAAGAGGGAAGAAAAAAAGCUACAACUGAUUUGACAAGUCACUUUUGGGAAUUAUAUGGUGAGACAGAAGAAUUGCAUAAUGAGUCCACUAAACUCUAUAUACCACUUGAUAAUGACUAUUUAGAGAGCAUAUUAGAAUAUGAUGAUGUCUUGUCAGAAGAACAACAACCACCUCUCAAAAGAGGACGUGAUGUUGUUCAGAUGGAUUCCACAACAUCAUCAAAAGACCCUAAAAAGAUCAAGCAAUAA